AUGAAGGGAGGAAGGGAGCUCAUACGGAUCGUCAGCUUCAACGAUGUAUACGAGGUGUUGAACGGAGACUUCGUCUCGCCCAAUGCUCUCUCGCCGCUCGACAAGGGUCGCGCCAUGGUGGACUGUCUCAACCAUCUCGGUGUGACUCACGUCUGCUUCGGGAACCAUGAGGCCGACCUGAACCUCAAGGAGCUCUCGAAGCGCGUCGGAGAGUUCCGAGGGGUCUGGCUGAACUCCAACAUGCCCUCCUUGUUUCCCGACCUCACCAAGAGAUUCGACGUGGUGACGACGGCGGGAGGCGUCAAGCUCGGGCUGUUGGGCCUCGUGCUGCAGGAGCCAGGAGCGUUCAGAGACUCGACGUUCAAGGGGCACACGAUCGAAGAGAUCUUGCCGUGCGCGAGGAAGAUAGCAGAGGAGUUGCGGAAGGAGAAGGUAGACCUGGUAGUCCCGUUGACGCAUCAGAGCCUUUCUUCGGAUGUGAAGCUCGCGAGCGAGGAGUUUGGUUUCCCCGUGAUCCUCGGGGGUCACGAGCACGAAGUGAUUGUGAGAGAUGUGAACGAGUGCACGAUCGUCAAGGCCGGUUGCAACUGCGAGAACGUCGCCAUCUGCGACCUUUGGAUCGAGAAGGACGAGUCGCAGGGGCAAGUAGUGAUCUACAAGGACACGAGGAUACAGGAUAUCACCAACAUGGAGCAUGAUAAGGAGAUGGCUGACGUGCUUGACAAGCAUCUCCACGUCCUAAGCGUGCUGCAGAACGAGAGCGUCUGUGUGGUAGGCCGAGAUUCAAUCUUCUCUCCCCUCUCCUCCAAGGGGACGAGGCUGAUGCAGACGACCGUAGGAUCUCUGAUAUGCGAGGCCUGCCGGGUCGAGCUCGGAGCUGACUGCGCCAUGAUCAACGGGGCCACGAUAGGAGGGAGCAGGGAUUACCCGAGCGGGAAGAUCACUUACAUGGAGCUACAGGCUGAGCUGCCGUUUCCGACCAAGAUGGUGGUGGUGGAGAUGCCUGGGAAGGUCAUUAAGGAAGCUGUCAAGUUUUCGAGGGAGGGGCCUGUGCACAUGGAAAAGAGAGGCUUUCUCCAAUGCGAUCCCUCCAUGACGAUAGACGAUGAAAACAACCUAACCCAUGUCCAUGGCAAGAGAGUUCGGGACGAAGACACUUUCAACGUCGCGCUUCCUCGCAACCUCCUGGCAGGCAAGAGGAGAAAAAGACAUAAAGAUAGAAGUUUCUGCGACAUCAAGCCGCUCGUUGCGUGGGCCAAGGAGAACCCACUGCUACUUCCUGGUAGUGAGGGAGAGGAGGACUGGAGGGAGCAGAAGGGCAAAGGGAGGAAGAGGAGGAAGGAGGAGAAGGAGGAUGAGAACGUCUUCUCUCUCGCGUUCAAACUUGUUCUCGAGCAUAAGGCGUCGGAGAUCUGGCUGGGGCUUGGGAACUUCGAAGACCUGGAUGCCGAUGGAAGCGGCUACCUUGAUAGAGAGGAGAUUACCAUGGCGGUCACCCGAAAGCUCGGGAAAGAGCCCUCGGAGCAGCUGAUCGACAGUAUGCUUGAGGCCAUCGACAUCGACGGGAACGGAAAGAAAUGA